CUGUGUGCAGUGGAGACCACGCGUGGGUAUACAGUCUGACCGCCAACCUUCACUCACUGUUGGUCUGUUCAUACAUCUUGUUCUGACACUAUGUGUGUAUUUUUUUGUUUCACAAAUGUAUUUGGCAGCAGUAGAUAUAUAGAGUCUGUAUAAAUCCUUAGCUUGGUAGAGUACUUCUGCAUACUUAAUUGUAAUUCUUCAUUCAGGGGCAUUUUUGCCCCACCCACGCAUCAUCUGAGAAGUACAGUUGGGUAGCUUCUGGCUGUCUGCUGUGGAUUUGUUAGUGAAAGUUUAUAUGUUUUUCACAGAAUGAUUGUCUGAAAGCUCUGCCCCGCCCCCACUUCCCUGGAGAGGUACCUGUGCAAGUCAGUGUAUUAGACUUGGAAGAGUUGGAAGAUGUGGCUGCACUUGGUUUUGCUCUGUCCCCACUUCAGCAGUAUUUACCUUGUUAUAAGAAUGCUUCCAGAAAUGAAAAAUGCAAGCACCACUGUGCCAUAGCAUGGUGCCAGUCCACUCCAUUGACAACUGCAGCAUUUGUGGGCCCCAGGAUGAGGUGGCUGUGGGUGCCCUGUGUAGUAUGCAGUGGCUCCCAUGCUGCUGGUCAUGUGGAUGGACUGUCCACAGCCGUUUUCUCAGCUGGGCUUGAGAGAACUGCAGGAAGACGAAGCCUCCAAGCACCAUCAGCACACUACAGAGGCAUCCUGCAUUGGGUGGUGGGUGGUGACUAUACAGGAAAGAGCCUUUGCCAUCCCUGGGUCCUCAUGGCAGGGCCAUGAUUUGGCACUCUUGACCAUCACUCACAGUUUCCUCCUGUGCCAAGAGGGUAACUGCUAAACUUCCCAGUGUCAGAGAUCUCUGAUAUGCUUGAACGUGAACUCUUGAGUGUUGAGUGUGAGGGGUUUGGGGGACCACCUUCCUAUCAUGAAUACUCACUCAACUUUGGAAUAUCAUCCUGACUUGAGACUUUAUAUUUACAUGAAAGAACACAGAAUUUGAAUGGCCUCUGAUGUCACUACCUAUCGCAGAUGCUGACAGUUCUGUGCACUAUAGGUAAUAUGUCCUGAGAUUGAUUGUUUUGGAACGGAAUAGCCCUGGUGGUAUAAGUCCUGGCUGCCCAUCAGUGGUGUUAUAUGUGAAUCUGAUGUACUGGUAGGACGUGAGUGUUGUGGCCUUGGGGCUGGUAUGGGCGUUAUGGAGAGUUAUGGAGUCUUCUGUAUCUGCAGUUCAUCCAUGCCCCUAGAUGAAGACCAGGUUAAAGGCCCAGUGUGACCCUAAUACAGAAGAAGACUGCAGACCUGUUUAUGCCCAACUGUAACCAGAUGUGACCACUGAAUGCUGCCUGUAUAUGACUUCUCUUUUUCUUUAGAUGUUUAAAACUUUUCUGUGUAUGAUUGUUCUGCCUGGGUGCAUAUCUGUGCACUGUAUGUGUGCCUAGUGCCCACAGAAGUCAGAAGAGGGUAUCAGUUCCCUUGGAACUGGAAUUAUGGACGGUUGCGAGCUGCCAUGUGGGUUCUAGACUUCAAACUCAGGUCCUUGUCAGAACAAGGUCUCUUAAUCACUGAACCAUCUCUCCAGCUGCUUGCAUGUGACUUCAAGGGAAUUUCCUCCUGAGAUGCAGGUCCUGAUGAAAUUUCUCUUGUCUGGCUUCUUUGAAAGUUUGGUGGAGACUCUGGAUUGAGGACUUUUGGACGAUAGUGUGGUAGCUAAUUCUGCGUGCGACUGUCCACUUGCUGAAUCUGCUAUGCCACGCAUGACUGCCCAUCUCCUCAGGCCCGACCUGCAGUGCCUGGAGGUUGUUUUACAGGUUUCACCCACGUGCACACACAGGAGUUCUCCCUCUUGUAAGUCAGAUAUCUGGCAACCCCUCCCAACUUGUGCUCAGAUGUAAAACAGACCACCCUGUGGUGUGGAGAGGGAGGGAGGGAGUAGUGGAGGUGGUGGUGGUGGUACCUCUCAGCACUUUGGGUGUUUAUAAGGUUCAGCGGAAGGCACCAGCACCCAAAGAAGAGCUGUUCCAUAGCCCCAGAGAUCAUUUUGUGUAGGGCAUUGACCACACACAGGCAUCUUUGGUUGUCAUGAUGUCCACUGUGUAGCUUCCCGUAGACUCGGACCUAACUGCUUGAACUCUGCUCUAAGCACAUUCAGCUUAGAAGGUGACUGCAAAUAAUGUUCAGUACGAAAAUCUUUUUUACUUUCAGUUUUUACUUUGUAACCCAAUCUGCCUACAACUGUGCCGCAGGCCUGCAACACUGCAUCUGGCUCCUGAAGACUUAUUUCUUACCGUUCCCUGUCAGUAAGAGUGGAGUAAAGUCUAUUUUAUUGGUUUAUUUGGACUUCUCAUCUUCAGAACUGUGUAUGUUGGGUUGCAGAGGAAGCAGGAGAUAAAUGGAAUCUUGGAGGACACUUAGGCCCAGGGUAAGGUCUGGGGGUUGCUGUUGCUCAUGAACCCGGUCAUCUGAACCACACUGCCUUGAUUCUCAGUAGAAUAUAACCAAAGAAAGCCAGGAUGAUAGCAUAAGCAGCAAGGCGUGAGUCACUCAGCUCAAGGAAGCGUGUCAUGGCUCCCUGUGCCAGAUUUGUAUAACAAAACAGAUAACACAGGGCAGGCAGAUGCACCCAAAAGGCACAGCACCCUACAGAGCAAGAAGCCUGUGCACGGUGGCCUAUGACAGGUAUUACCUGUCUGCUGUCUCCAUGUGGAGUCUUCCAAUUUAACUGCAAAGAUGGUUUUGUUAGUUGGGUGUGGGGCAGCUCAUAGUAUCAACUAGAGAAUGUCCACCCCAGCUACUGCCAACUGCUGAUAUUGCUCACCUCCCAGCCAGUUGUGAUCUUUCGGGCAAUUCUGGCUGUACCCAUACCUUCCCCUUUAAUGACUGUGGGAGCCUGGGGAAGAAAGCCCUAAAUUCUUAUCCACAGCCCCAAACUCAGACCUCUCCCUCCCCAGGACCUGGGUGGUGUUGGAGUCUGUACCCUCCACUCCCCACCACACCGCUGGCAGUACCUUGGUUACUCAGCUAUUCACAUAAUAGCAAGGGUGUCCCAACACUGAAGGGGUGGGGACUCUGUCCUCAGAAUCUGCCGUUAAAUCUCCCCUGUACCUUGGCCUCCCCUGCCCUUUCAGUCUGGCAGUGUAGCUCACUAGCUACCCUACCGCUGAUGCUCUGGCCUUAGAGAUGCAUCUCCAGCACCUUGUGGCUGCUCCUGCUUUAGGGUAACAUCUCUUCUCUACUUUUGUCCAUCUGUCCCCAGAGCAGUGACCCCUCAAGAAGAAAUGCUAAACGGCUGCCCGCUCUGAUUUUGGAUCAUCCAAUACAGUUUCUGAAGGACAUCACAUAAUAAGAUGGUUAACUAGAAGAUAACAGAUUAGUACCAUACACUAACAAGCCAUCCCUGGGCUACUAGGGAAGCAAACCUUUCUCUGGAUAACUGAUGUAGAUGGAAGAUUAGCUUUGCUUUUCGGUCCUGAUUGUUUUCUCCAGUUCUGGGAAUUGAAUGCAGGUCCUCAACUAUGCUGAGCACACCCUAGCCUCAGGUCCUAAUAUUUUUUUUAAUGCAUAUGUAUACUAUAGUGAAGACCUGUGGUGGGGCUGGGCUGUUGAAGGCUCAGAAGGCAUUCUGUGGAGGAUGGAGAGAAAAGUGGAGAUUCCGAGCGCAGUGGGAAGCCUUUAGUGAGGGUGUCCCUGGUGGCCUGCAGCUGUGUGGGGGAGGGAUUUAUUUAGGAAGGCUGGAUGAGCCGGUGUAAGGAGGGAGCCUCAAGCCCGCUGGUGAGGCGUGGCUGGGACCCACCCUAGCGCCUAGCAGGUGGUCAUCACUCACUUUGCCCAGGAUUUCAUGGUCAGUGACUUCACUGCCCUUAGUGCUUUUACCAACUCAGAUUCGCCCCCAAAGAUCCAUUUUUAAAGUUACCCCCCCACGACUUGUAGACAGGACCAGAGACCUUCAUACAUACUUCGCUGAAAGUUACUGCUGGCAGGUUUGGGGCCACAAUCCCCCAGGGAAUUCUCUUCUCCAGCCGGAAGUCCAAGUGGUAAGCCUGGGGCUUCGGAGCUGAAAGGUCCCUGGCCCUGCCUCCCCAGACAUCAGUGGGGCGGGACUCAAUUCCGGGGGCGACACGUCCUAGGAGAGCUAGACGGAAGCACUGGGUCUGACACGUGGACUUGGGCGGUGCUGCCCUGUGGGUUGGCCUCGGCCUGAGGUGGGAGGGCACGGUACCGGGACACAACGGUGCCCAUGCCAUCUCAGCUCCCCAGCCUGAUGCAGCCAACACCGGAGGAAGCCCGCAAGACCCCAUCUGCAGCAGCAGAGGAUACACAAUGGUCCAGGCCUGAGUGCCAGACGUGGACGGGGAUGCUGCUGCUGGGCACAUGCCUGCUGUACUGUGCUCGCGUCACCAUGCCCGUCUGUACCGUUGCCAUGAGCCAGGACUUCGGCUGGAACAAGAAGGAGGCUGGUAUCGUGCUCAGCAGCUUCUUCUGGGGCUACUGCCUGACUCAGGUGGUGGGCGGCCACCUUGGGGAUCGCAUCGGAGGUGAGAAGGUCAUCUUGCUGUCUGCCUCCACCUGGGGCUUCAUUACGGCCGUCACGCCACUGCUUGCUCAUCUUGGCAAUGGCCACCUGGCCUUCAUGACAUUUUCUCGAGUCCUCACGGGUCUGCUCCAAGGUGUUUACUUCCCAGCCCUGGCCAGUCUGCUGUCCCAGAGAGUACCGGAGAGUGAAAGAGCCUUUACCUACAGCACUGUGGGUGCUGGGUCCCAGUUCGGGACCCUGGUGACUGGGGGCAUAGGCUCGGUGCUCCUGGACUGGUGUGGCUGGCAGAGUGUCUUCUACUUCUCCGGUGGUCUCACCUUGCUCUGGGUGUACUACGUGUACAGGUACCUGCUGAAUGAGAAAGACCUUGACCUUGCCCUGGAUGUCCUGGCACAAGACCUGCCUAUGGUCAGGCCCUCCAAGGUGCCCUGGAGACAACUCUUCCGGAAGCCCUCUGUCUGGGCUGCAGUCUGCUCCCAGCUGUCCUCAGCCUGCUCCUUCUUCAUUCUACUCUCCUGGUUGCCCACCUUCUUCAAGGAGACCUUCCCCCACUCCAAGGGCUGGGUCUUCAAUGUAGUACCCUGGCUGCUGGCAAUUCCCGCCAGUCUAUUCAGUGGCUUCCUCUCUGAUCGUCUCAUCAGUCAGGGUUACAGAGUCAUCACAGUGCGUAAGUUCAUGCAGGUGAUGGGUCUUGGUCUGUCAAGCAUUUUUGCCCUGUGUCUGGGUCACACCACAAGCUUCCCCAAGGCUGUCAUCUUUGCAUCAGCUUCCAUUGGCUUGCAGACCUUCAACCAAAGUGGUAUUUCAGUCAAUAUUCAGGACCUGGCCCCAUCCUGUGCUGGUUUUCUGUUCGGUGUGGCCAACACUGCAGGGGCCUUGGCAGGUGUGAUAGGCGUGUGUCUGAGUGGCUACUUGAUUGAGGCCACUGGCUCCUGGACAUGUAUAUUCGACCUGGUGGCCAUCAUCAGCAACCUGGGACUGGGCACCUUUCUGGUGUUUGGGAAGGCCCAGAGGGUGGACCUGACCCCUGAUCAUGAGGACCUCUAGCUCCCUGACUAUCCGGUCCCACCCAGGACCCUGAUGUCGGCAGCCUAAGGAAAACAGCUCUGUUGGUGAAACCCUGAAUCUGCACCUCACAUGUGUGAAGCAAACAACAAAGACCACGGUCUCCUGGAGAAUCCCAAUGAGUCGGAGAGAUUGGUGGAGACAGACACCUGAACCCACACGGGCCUGUGUCAGGAGUAGGGUCGUGGCCUCUCUGGACAUCAGUGUACCCAUCUGCUGGUCAGGACUAUCCUGCCCCCCUCCCAGACUCAGAGGGACUGCUGCCUGCUCUUAAGGAUUCUGCACUGCUGACAGGGUCUUCCCAGCUCCCGUCUAUGUGGGUUGUUUCUCUGUGCUGAAAAUGUUUUGUGUGCUAGAAGAUGUUCAGAAGCAGCUGUGACCCUCCCCCACUUCCAGGCAUCUUCCAACCUCCAUCUCUCCAGUAGAGAUAAUCCAAGAUGUCUAUAGACAUUCAGCCAUGUCCCUGUGGUAAGACAGGCCCACAAGAACCACAGCGCUGGAGAGGACAUGGUUCCCAUUUUCCCCCAGAAGUCAGACUGCCACUCCAGUUGGACCAGUGUGUAGUAGCUAGGGGUCCUUGCCAGCCUCUGCAGACCCUGCACAGCCCUUGGUUCCCUUCCUGUGGAUUCCUCCGCACUACUGAUGUGUCCUGGGUAGGUAGGUGCCUGGAACUCCUUGGGCUUUGCUGGACACUUCAGCUAUCACAGAUCCCAGGACGCGGUGAAACUUCCCCCUACUUUCUGACCUUGUUUUUCUACCUCCCCUUUUAUACAUUUGUGGAGCCAGUGGUUUUAUGAACUGAUCAUGAACUCUCCAAGAUGCCUGUUAGAGAUUAUCUUUAUAGACAUGGUGAGUCUCACCAGAGCCUUAUUUAAGUGAAAGCUAUUAAACUAUUUAAAAGAAGA